ACUGAUUGAUACGCCUGAUAGAGUGCGAUCAAUUAUUAAACCCACACAAGAUCCAUCUUUCCUUGCAAACGAGAAACCUUCUUCAACUUUCAUCGGUCAACCAUAACCAAAGUGGAAGAAUCAACGAAAAUGGCCCCAGCACCCACACAGACUCACGCUCCGGAUUCACAAGGCUACAAUUCAGAUGCCGCCGCACAAGCUCAAGCGGCAGAGAUGAGCGUCAUUCUUUGUACUGCUGGAUAUGAUCAUACCAUAAGAUUCUGGGAAGCGUGGAGUGGUAUUUGCUAUCGACAAAUAACACUCUCACCACAAUGGAAACAAGUGAACAGGUUAGCUAUCAGUCCGAAUAAGGCGUAUGUAGCCGCUGCUGGAAAUGGUACUGUCCGGAUAUGGGAUAUUCAGUCAUUAUCGAACACUCCUAUAGCAACCCUUGAAGGCCAUACCGGGAAUGUAGUUGCUCUAGCAUACAGCGCUUUAGGGAAAUGGAUUGUCACGGGUAGCGAAGACGGAACAGUCAAGGUGUGGGACACACGGACGGCUCAAACUCAACGUAUAUACCUACAUGAUUGCCCUGUCAACGACGUUGUAAUCCACCCGAAUCAAGGAGAAUUGAUAAGCUGUGAUCAGUCAGGAUCAGUCAAGAUAUGGGACUUGGCGGAGAACACAUGUACACACGAACUUGUACCGGAUGAAGAUGUACCUAUCAGAAGCGUUAGUAUAUCAUCGGACGGAAAUACUCUCGUAGCUGCCAAUGACGGCGGGAUGGUUUACGUUUGGCGUAUCAUUCCAGUGCCGAAUGCCAACGCUAAUCUCGUCCCUGUCACCAGUUUCCGAGCCCAUACAAAGUACAUCACUCGUUGUCUUCUCAGCCCCGACACCAAAUACCUUGCGACAUGUUCAGCAGAUCAUACUGUCAAGAUUUGGUCAACGGCGGGAAUAGACUAUACUCUUGAAAAGACUUUGACAGGCCACCAAAGAUGGGUCUGGGAUGCGGCGUUUAGCGCGGACUCCGCGUAUCUCGUGACUGCCUCGAGCGAUCAUGCAGCUAGGCUAUGGGAUUUGAGCCUUGGGGAGACUGUGAGGCAAUACGAUGGGCAUCAUCGAGCGGCAGUGUGCUGUGCCUUGAACGAUAUUAACCUUGCGUGAAGCACUGCUUCGCUACUUGUAACAACUCUUGGGCCCUUUUUUGUAUUUCGCAUUCUUUUGGAAAAUGGUGUGAUGUGGGGGUACAGAUCGUAACAGACUUCGUUGAGGGGAAGUCAUACAAUCAAUGCAUUAAAAGUAAAGAAAUGAAC